GACUAUUUGCAACAUUUCGACACGUUGGAGUGUAAACGGCCGUUUCGACUAAAGAUUGGGACACAGUCGUCGGUGCUACAUGCUAGACUGUCGUUGACGAUCGUUGUUGUACUGUACCGAUCUUACAGCUAUCGCUCUUUCUUAUUUCUCGUGAUCAGCAACAAGGAGGUUUUCUGGUCACUUGUACAGUAAGUCUAGCUACUUCAGGUCUACUUCUUGUCUGUUUACUAGACCCUGCCUAGAGCACAUGUAUGUGAAACUAUAGAUUUACAACAACUGCGCUCGUAUGGGUCGUAGAUCUAGAUGCAUUAGGCAGACUGAAUUGCUAGCAGAAGUUGCUCGCUCGUUCUUGUGAGUACGUUGGUUCCUAGACACAUUGGCCAUCGUCCGGUGACCGGCAUGUCUCUUGCAAAUUUUUUUGUAGUUCCAUUACGUUGACGUCAGUCAAUAGUUGACCUUUGUCAACGUCCAGAUUGCGAGAAAGGUCGACGUCCAGACUAAUUAUGUAUAUGAGGAAAGGUCAACGUCCUGAACCGGACACCAACACUGUGUGUUGAGUUUUGGUAUCAACCGUUUAUGCUACAAAGCUGAUUUCUAUAUCAAACCUCUGCGUUUGCAACGGAGCAGGUCCACGGCUACUCAAAUUUGUCAUUGCAGUGCGAGGGCCCCUUUCGAGGGACCGACCCCCGUGUAAAUUUCUCGAUAACGCAAACGCUACACCUUCCAGUUUAUUUGAACACACGCCCACACCGGUCCCGUGUAGACUGUACGUGUCGUGGCCUUCCGCAACGCUUCCAACGAUCGAAGAUUUCUAGCUAGGGGUGCUAGCGUUUCUCCGAUUGCAUUUUCACCGAAUCGUGCCGAUUUCUACCGUCAAUGUCCACCUCGCCAAUGCUGGUACACACUGCACAUCUCGGGUACACCGUUACUAGCAAAAUGGCGGCGUUUGUUGCAUCGCAACGAAAGAAUGCAUCUACUGCGCAUGUGUGUGUGUUGCUAAUAUGGUAGCUCCUGGUAUAACUAUAAGUAUAUUGAUUUGAGGUCAACCGUCCCGUGCUUUCAAUAUAUUUCUUUACUUUCUUAGCUAGCUAGAGAAGUUAAUUCAAAAAAAGAAUGCGAACGAGUAUAAAACAUUUUGAAAAGAUGAGAAAGAAGUAGGUUUGCCAUACGAAAAAUAAUAGAGGCAAGACCAUGUAGGGUGUGCUGUGACAUCUUUAAUGAAUUCACUCAUACAGACGGAGCAAUACAUCAUCCCUACAUUACACCAUUUUCUAAGGUCUAAAACGCAGUGUUUAGGUAAUGGCGCAAUGUAGGGAUGAUGUAUUGCUUGAUCUGCAUGAGUGAAUUUAGUCAAGGUGUCACAGCAAACCCUACAUGGUCUUGUUUCUGUUCUUUUUCGUGUAGUAACUCUACAUCUUUUUUGUUUAUAAUGGUUAUACUUGUACAUAUUAGGAUUAUGUAUACUGUGACAUCUAGGCCUAAGGUAAACAGCAGCGUGUUAUUAUGUAUAAUAUGCAAAACGCAUUUGAUAAUAUUCAGUACACUAACCUUACUGCAGUAUAGGCACAAACUUUUAUUUACUUGAUCUCUUGAAGGCAUCAAGGUGCAUGAGUUAGAGUGACAUUAAGCUGCUUAAUACACAGUGAAUAAGGAAUGAAUGCUUGCGUUCAGUCAUAUGACUGCAACUGUUGGGUUGCAGAUAGUGAUGAGCUCUUGGAGUGUACUGAAUAUGAUAGGCUACAAAAGCUGUUUUGAGUUUGAAAGUGUUGUGAAGUAUCUUAGAUUGUACAGGAAGAAAGGUUUGUUGUCAUGAAUUCGACUCAUGGCAUGUUGCACUAUGGCACUUACUGACUAUGCCUCUCUCUCUGCUUCUGUUUACAGUAGUCUUCUAGCUGUUAACAGUUAAUUACCAACAGUCUUGCUUUGACCAUAUUUAGAGUUGACAAGUGAAGAAGUAUGACUGUCUGGCUGUGCAUUGCUGUGUACAGAGUUUUACUUGCCUGAUCAUUUCCUGCUCUGACGUUUGACUUUGAUGUUGAGAUGAUAACAAUCCUGUGCAAAGUGGUGACGCAUUGGUACCAGGAGAAUGUAUGGCAGUGGACAGCAUUGCAGCUUGAGAGUGAUACAGCUUGGAUGACUUUCCAAUCUACUGUAUUGUAGCACAUUGCUUGAGAUGUAGUCUCUUCGCGGCAUUUGGGAGCGAGCCAACAGGGCGUUGUUGUUAGUGAAUUGAUUGCAAUAUCCGAUUGGUUAUCAUGGGAUCCUUGAUCCUCCUACUGCUUUCGUGUCUGUUUGAAUUCUUUCUUUACAUUGAUGACAUGCUUAUCAUGUUAAGCAGUUGGUUACUAGUUGGUUUGAUGUUGAGUAUUAAAUCCAACCGUAUCUGGUGUAUUUCGUAUGACGAGAGUCUGACAAGACCAGUCAACCAGCAAGUGUCUGAGAGCAUUCCUGUUGUCAAUUCCGAUGCAACUGUUGAUAUCACAGAUUCAAAUCAAGUAGAACAUAGCCGUGAUGACGUCAUUCAGAACCACUCUACACCAAACGAUGAUUGCAGCUGUACCAGUGAAGCCGAGUCACUUGCCUCAACAAGUUCUACAAAUACAGGCAUGUCUGAGGCUACACCCAGCCGCGUCGUAGUCAACAUAGUCAAUGAAUACAUCACAACUCACAGCAUGAUAAACAAUGGAGGUAACUUUCAUGCAGUACAAGGACUAUCAGGAAGAAUGACUUGUGUAUCCAGGUCAGCUGAUGUUUCUGACGAUGAGCACGUUGCAGAUUGCACUUUUGAUGAUCAAGAUACAGUGACUAAACCCACUGAAGAUAUUUCAACAUGCAAAGUGCCAAGAGAUGUACUUCGGGUUGCAUUACUGUUGGCACUCAGUGAUGAUGGUUUGAGCAGGAACUUGCUCCAUGUGGCUAGUCGAAUAAUUUGUAAGGGUCUCUGUAUUGCAAGCCAUUUGCUUGAAAACGAGAGCAGUGCUGUUUUUGACCUCAUUAAUGACCUUCAAAGCUAUGAAAUGAUCAGAGAAAAUAGAGAACAUACACCAAUUAAAUUGAGUGCCUCGGCUCUUGAACUGAUUCGAUCAAACUCACUGGAUACACGUGGUGAAGAUCGACAUCUAGCGUCUCUCACUUUUUGUAACAUUUUGUUUCAUGUUCUGGAACUUAGAAGCCAUUCGGUUUGUUCUCUCCAUCGAGAAGUUGUGUUGCUAACACAACGAUAUCUGGCAGCAAAACCAAGCACACGAUGUCUAACUCCUGUCAAGACAGGCCAACUUUACGUUGCUCUUGGCAAGAGAAUGGGGAAAGUUGGAACACUAAAAGAUGCAUUCAACUACAUCGACAAGGGAUGUUGUUGGUACAAAGACUGUCUAAAAAACACUGAAUGUGAUGCAAACCACAGUGAAAUCAAGCAAUGGUUAGUAGAUGCAUUAGUGGCUAAAGGCAAAAUGAAAAGGCGAAGAGGUGGUACCUAUUUGCUGACUUCCCUUGAUUGUUUUAAGCAAGCAGAGCACAAACAGACAGAGAUCGAUGGCUCUUCUGAAAUGGGUACACUAAGCAAGUACAAAGCAAGAAUACUUGUAGCUCAAUGUGAAACUUACCUGAGUUUGUGUAAGUACAGCAAGAUUGUGUCUGUACUAGAUGAUACAAAUGUUGAAGAGGCCGUGCUGUUAGACAGUUCAUACCAUCAGGCCCAGUAUUUUGCAAAUCUUGGAUGUGCAUUUGAUUUUCUUGGUGAUCACGAAAGAGCUCAUAAGCUCCUUCUACAGGCAGUCAAAGUCAGUACCAACGAUCAAUGCAACUACAGAAGGCCACUUUACUUCAGUAUUCAUUCAAGGGUUCUUGUUCAUUUGUGGCACAAAAGCCAUGAUGAAAGUUAUCUUAAAGAUGCUCAGGACUUAUCCUGCAAAGCAGAAGAGAUGUUGGUUGGUGACCACGGUAAAGAACAUCGUUUCUUUGCCCUGAAUAAGCGCUGCAUGGCAAUGGUUUGCUUUGCUGCGGCAACGUGUUCUUCUCACAUUGGCCCACUACAAAGGAUUGCGAUGAGCACUGCUUUAGCUCAUGCAACAGAUGCACUCAAAGUUUACCUCCAUGUCUACAGCGACACAAGACAUCAUCCCAAUAUUGCUUUCACAUGGAAGCUGAUUGAGGCUAUGUGUAUUUACAUAUCAGGUUUUCAAAGUCAGAUAAUGUUUGAUGUGUGCCGUUGCCAAUUGAAGGAAUUAUAUCAAAUGUCUAUCAAUGAACAGGAGCAUCAUACACUGUCUGAUGCGAUUCACUAUGCCCAGCACUUUGAGAAGUGUGCUUCAACAGUCCUUGAGCAAUGCAACUGUAGUCUUGAACAUCCUUACAUUUGGAGAUAAUGAAACGCCAUGUAUUCUCUGGAUUAUAAUCAAGGUACAAUACCAGUCAAGUCACCAGUUAGACCAAAACCUUCUUAUCUCGAUUAAAUUUAUUUCCUUUUUUAGUUUAUAUAUAUAUAUAUAUAUAUAUAUAUAUAUAUAUAUCCGUCUAGUUUGAUUAACUAAUCUUGUAUCAAUCAAACUUAUAUUAUACAGCAACAUAAUUUGUAAUAAGUAUUAUUGUAAAUUUAUUCAUCCUCUUAUGGGAGGAGCCUAUGUUAAGCAGAAUUUGUCUACCCAGUUGAUUAGCAACAUCAAGCGGACCACCCAUGUCUAGCAAACCACCCGGUAGAGUCAAGGGCUUGUCA